UCUGGUCUUCUUCUAUUUGGAGUUGAGGGAAAAAAACAGAGUAAAAAGAAUGUUGCAGACCGUGUAGAGCUUUGUGCAAAAGAAAUCCCUUUAGCUUUCGGAGACAUUCUUCUUUGUCUUUCUUUGUGUUCUCAGAGUGGGUUUGAGAGAGAUCUCGAUGGCGAUCGAAGAGUGAAUGGGUCUAUUGGGAUUUUGGGUUUGGUUUUGGAAAUUCUUGUGUGAAUCCACCAUUAAAGGUUCCGUGAUUAAGCUUGUAAACAUAAUAUUCAUAUAGUGCAGAAGCUUGACGCCUGAGCAACGAGAACGUAGGUCGAUUUUGACUGAACCCCGCGAUGGCAAAAUUUUCAGGAAUAUCAUCAGUUUGCCUUUUCAUGAUGUUUAACCUCAAUGUAUCAGCUGUUUGCGGUGUUUGUGCCAAUUUCAUUGUUGAAUUAAAUUUCAGCCUCCUUUUCAAGCAGGAAAUGGAGCUAUCUUCGAUAGGAUUUAGAAUACUAGAAAGACUUCGCUUGUCUGUAUUAAUAUUCUUUUCUUUCGUCUGAUUCCAAGGGCUGAUGAAAAUUGAUAUGAUCAUUAAGGUAGGAUUUAUUAUGAAAAAGGUAACAAAAGGGAAUGUUACAACAAAGUUGUCGGACCUUGGAGGUUAACCUAGCUACGUUCCGCAGCAUGUGGAAGCGAUUAUGGCUGUACCAUUGAGAUAUCCAGUCUGUAGUUUAGUGUCUCAGCCAAGGAAGAUUCAGUAUUUUUAAGCAUGAAUUUAGGUGUGGAGGUAAGGAAGUCUCAGACAGCUGUAAAGAAUUCUUCAUUUAGAGUUGGUAGACCUUAUUGACUCUCUCUAUUUUAGUUACUGCAGGUUGCAGCUACAUUAUAAUACUUUUGUGAACAAAUGUCGUUUUACCUUAUUCAUAAACUUUUAUGUUGUCUAAUUUUGUCAUUGACUUAUCCUGAGUAUGUGAUUUGAAAUAACAUUUAUGUUGCUAUUUUGUGCUAUAGUCUUUUAACUGUUUGUCAAAUGUCCUGUACGAUGCAUUUAAUAGGUGAUAUUUCAGAACUUAGAUGAUAGCAUUUUAUAUAGUACGGUUAAGUUUAAUAGGUGAUAUUAAAUCUUGGACAUUAAGAAACUCCGUGGGAAUGGAAUCUAAUUUCUAGCAUCAAAAUUUAAAAAAAAGUACAACCUGUAAAUAAUGGUUUUUAAGCUAUUGCAUCAGCCUUCAGCCAAGUUAUUUGUGGAUCCUAAGUUCUACUCGAACUUCAACUCAUUGCGAAUUUUAAGUAUAUAGAAACGUGAGAUUCAGCCUCCAGGAUCUUGAUUUGAAUUAAUCUUUUUAUUUUCUUUGAUCUGAUCUAAUUGCUUUUGUUCAGUGGAAUUUUCCUUUGUUUCCCCCAGAAAAAGAAAAAAAAAAAAAAUUGCAGAGAGAGAUGAGCUGUGGGUAAAAUGAGAUCGAUCACACUUGCUGGAGAAUCAUGUGCGUGCACGUGGUGGGAAUUGAUUUGCCUUGUACGUUAAUUAAGUUCCUUCUAUAUACAGGCUAAGUAAAACUUGGAGACCAAGUCCAGUAGACUUGCAGACCAAGCCAAGUACCAAGCCAGGUAGAAGACAAAUUAAGCAGGAAGCAAUCAUGUCUCAGCCGGUAGAUGCUAUGCUCCAAAACCUUUUUCAACUAGUAAAGAACGAGGCACAAUACGCAUUGGACUUCAAAGUUGAGUUUGAUAAAAUGGAGUCACGCCUUGAUCUUAUGAUAGCCUUCAUGAUUGACACUGAGAAUCUCAAGAAUAAGAAUGAAGUUGCCAAGGCAGCUAUAAUCAAGCUUAGGGGAAUGAUUUAUGAUGCUGAUAACGUUCUUACUGAUUGCAUUGUCAGAGAUGAAUACAAGAAAUAUCGUUCUUGCUUCCAUUCAUACCUCUCUGAUCCAUUGUUUUUGUAUAAGACAGGAAAGAAAUUGAAAGACAUCAAUACGAGAAUUGAGCAGAUAGAGAAGAGCUUGGGUAGUUUCCAAAGAGACCCACAUCAUACCAUUCACACUGAAGAUUCAAGCCAUGCUAGAGGAUUCAUGUCUCAGGAUUCCUACCCAUCCGAGACAGUUGGAUUGGAAGCUGAUUUGAAGAAGAUCAAAGGGUGGAUUCUUGACACCCAAGAAACACUUUUGCAAAUUGCCAUUGUGGGGAUGGGGGGUUUGGGAAAAACCACCAUUGCCCAGAAAAUCUUUCAUGAUAAUGAGGUACUAAGUCGGUUUGAUAAGAUCAUAUGGGUUACUGUUUCAAGAGCUUUUAGGGAGGAGCAUGUUCUAAAGCGCAUGUUGGAAAGGUUAGGGAAAAAGGUAUCUGGGUUCGAUAGUAGCCAAUUGCUUGGAGAGUUUCAACAAGUUCUUGCUGAUAAGACUUGCCUUAUUGUUAUGGAUGAUGUAUGGGAAAUGAAUAUGGAAUGGUGGACAACCCUGUGCUCCAUUUUUCCAAGACGAGAUGGUAAAAGCAGCUGCAUCAUAAUUACUACAAGGAAUGAAAAUGUUGCUAAUGAUAUGGGCAUUGAAAACUCGCGAAUCCAUAAGCCUGAUUUUCUAAAUUACAUCGACAGUUGGUCUUUAUUCUCCAAAUUUGCAUUUUCUUCUAAUAAGGGAAUUUGUCCAAAUCCCAAGUUUGAGAAAAUAGGCAAGGAUAUCACGAAGAAGUGUGGGGGGCUUCCACUAGCAAUCAAGACAAUAGGAGCUUUAUUAGCACCAAAGAUUGAAUCCCUUGCUAGUUGGACUCAAACUUGGGAAAGUUUUCAUGACUUGACAACUGAAGGAAGAAAUAAAUCGGUUAUGGCAUCUCUUCAACUGAGUUAUGAUGAACUCCCAUCUCAUCUAAAGCAAUGCCUAUUGUCUUUCUCCAUUUACCCUGAAGACUUCGAGGUAAGAACCGAACAACUAAUCCAUUGGUGGGUUGGUGAGGGUCUUAUCCAGGGCAAAGGCUCAAAAUCAGCAAUUGAAAUGGGGUACGAAUACCUCUUGCAACUAGUGAAAAGGUGUCUUGUCGAAGCUAUGCAACAACGACGCUAUGAUGGGAGGAUCUACAACUGUAAGAUACAUGAUAUGGUGCGGGAAUUGAUCAGCAUGAAUGCUCAGGAGGAGGCAUUUUGUAGCUUUGAUGAAAAAGGCCAGCAAAGAUUGACAGAGGAAUGUCGGUGGUUAGGUUUCAGCAAUGCCAUGCAAGGAAAGCCACUAGGAAACAAGUCGAAGAUCAGAGCAUUAAUUUUAUUGGUGUCAAAUAUCGUGAAGCAUGACUUAAAGAAUUUCGGCUCACUGACAUCCCUUAGAGUGUUGGAUAUCUCAAAUAGCAACUUGAAAGAGAUCAAUGCAGAAGAGCUGUUUAAGUGGAUUAGUUCCCUCAAACGAUUAGCGAAUCUGAAUCUUGCUGGAGUUCGAGGCUUAGAAUCAGUGCCAUCUUCAAUUAGAAAACUUCUCAAUCUUCAGUUAUUGGUUUUGACCAAAUGCGUCGAUCUGAAAAGUAUACAUCCAUCAAUUACAACUUUAAGGAGGCUGAUAUUAUUAGACUCGAGGUCUUGUCCACUUGAGAACCUACCCAGGGGAUUGGGAGGGUUAUCUAAUCUUCAAGAACUAUCUGGAUUCAUGGUGAUGAGUCAGUCGAAAGGAAACUGCUGCCAACUUAUUGAGCUUGGAGAACUUAAACAGAUGAGAGUACUUCGAAUCAACUUAAGUGAUGAUACUGAAGUCUCAGAAAACGAGCUGAACGUCCUAGCUCAUCUUGAAAACCUCAAGGUUCUAGGUAUUGAUGCUGGCAAUUGUAAGAGGAACACCUCAGAGAUCUUGAAGAAGAUGGAUCGGCUAGUUCCUCCUCCAGCGUUGCAGGAGCUGUAUCUUAGGAAUUACCGUCACUCAACUCUACCAUUGUGGGUUUGUCCCUCCCGGCUUACUAGAUUGCAAUACCUUUCCAUUGAAAAUGGAGAUCUUAUCAACUUAGCCCCAGAGGUUGAGGAUGACAAUCAUCACAUUGCUUGGAACAUCGAGGGUCUAUGCUUGAAGUUCUUGGCUCGAUUGGAUGUGAACUGGACGGACUUGCAAAAUGAUAUGCCGGUGCUACGCUACAUGGAGGUUAGUCAUUGCUACAAACUGAAAGGUUUCCCCUGUUCUGUUAAGUCUCAAUCAGUUUUAGAGAAAAAAUCAGGAUUUUGGAGAAAAAAUUAGGAUUGAAGAAAAUCACAAUGUCCAAGAAGUCCUUUAAUUGUGUGAUGUCACUAUAAAUAUUAUUUUCUUUCUAUGCAUUGAUGCUACUGUUGUAAUAUGUGUGAUGUGUGGAUAUUUUUAUGCUUUAUUGUAUUGAUCCUCUUUUGUAAUAUUGGUGUUGGCGUAUUUAUGUAUAAUUGAAAUAAAUUUAACUUUAAGUUUGUUGAUUC